AGUCACAUUUAUUUAGUCGCUGCAGAAGUUGGGUGUAGAAAAAAGUGCUUAUUUUCUUGUUUUCAUUUCAUAAUUGAAAAUUUCGUCGUCGUCGUCUUAAUUGCGAUAUGUUGAUGAAAUUGAAAUAUUUUCUGUUGAUAUGUCUCAGUUUCGGUGUGACAAUGGGACAAUUUUGGAAACUAAAUACGCCAAGUGAACGUGAUCUAUUUAUUAUGGAGGUGAGGAGUACAAUGUCGGCGGGUAUUUGUUACAAACAAGUGGAGGCCAAGGUCAAUGAUCCGGAAGUACGCAUGCGCACCGUGUCCUUCUGCUGUCCCGGCUAUAAACGUAACCGUUUGGUAAGACACGCUGUGAAAUGUGAUCCCAUUUGCACCAAUGACUGCAACAAUGGCAUUUGUGUGGCGCCCGAUUAUUGUGAAUGCUAUCCCGGCUAUAAACGGGAGAAUGCUCGCUGCAUACCAUUUUACUAUCGUUUAUACAGUGAUUACAUCGAUGACAUUGAUCAGGACGAAAUUCGUAUAAACCCCUCGGAUGAAAAAUGGCAACAUCCAAAUUUCCAUCCGCCCAUGAGAAAGAAGCCGACGAAGAAACCAAAACAUAUUGUGGCAACCACAGAGGGUAUGUGUGUACGUAACUAUCAUAAGCGGAAGGCUGCGGAGGAGCGUGAAAAUCCCCAAAAGGAAUAUAAGCCAAGUGGUAAUCGUUGGCAUGGUUCGGUGAUCUAUGCCAGCGAUCGUUUCAAACACAACAAACACAAAAUGCAAAUUAUUUCCUGGUUAAUUUUUUUCGCGCAUUUUCAAUGGUCAAUCCCUGAACAUUUGUAUACGGGUUAUAUAGACGACAUACCAGCCCACCCUCAAAAGGGAAUUCUCUACAAGCCAUCGUUGUCAUCCGCCAUUUUGACCGCACCGACGCCAAUUGAAAAACGCCAUCCAAAUUUCCAAGGUGGUGCCACCGGGAGAAAACCCACAAUAAAACCUAAACCAUUUUUACUGGAGGCCACCGAAAGUUCGUGUGUAAAAAAUGCCCGUAAGAAACAGGAAGAAGACGACUCGGAUAAUUCCAAUGGCAAUAGUCGACCCAGUGGAAAUCGUUGGCACGGCCCCAUCACCUAUGGCCGGGAGCAAUUUCAACAUCAGAAACCCAAUAGAAGGGCAACAAAGUAUAAGGACAUAACUCCGGUGGAGAGAAAGUUGCAUAAGUGUUAUAAGUGGAUAAGAUCCGAGGACAUCAAACGCUACGAAUGGCCAGCGGUAAUAAAGAAAAACGAACUCUACAAUACUGUCCUCAUUGAGAUUUGCUGCCCGCAUUUUGGACCCGUUCGGCUGAUGGGCAAUACCUUGUGUCAGCCCUACUGUCAGUCGUGUCACAAUGGCAAAUGCAUUGCCCCCGAAGUGUGUCAAUGCUACGAUGGUUAUGUGUUAAGUGAUAAUAAGGAUUGCGUCUUCACAUGUCCCAUAUCCUGCCUGAAUGGCAGGUGUAAUUUGCUGAGAGGUGGCUGUCUGUGUAAUUCCGGUUAUAAACUUGAUGAGACGGGGCAAUUUUGUCGACCCAUAUGCCGGGCGGGAUGUGGCAUCAAUCCACUGCAUAAUUGUACGGCACCAGAUGUAUGCGGGUGUGUUAAAGGGUUCUCAUUGACCGAUAAUGAUUGUCAGCCCAUAGUUGGUCAGGGGACAUGGGGAAGGAGGUAUUAGUUAAGAUUGAUAUGCGUCAUAUAAUUAUUGUUAAA